GCAAUGGAACAAGCAUGGCUGUUGCUACUGUUAACAACAAAUAUCAUUUCUGUGUCUGCACAAUUCAAUGGGUACAACUGUGAUGCUAAUCUCCACAGCAGAUUUCCAGCUGAGAGAGACAUCAUUGUCUAUUGUGGAGUCCAGACAAUCACUCUGAAGAUUAACUUUUGUCCAGUGCUUUUCUCUGGUUACUCUGAAACAGACUUGGCAUUAAAUGGCAGAUAUUCUGACAUGCACUGUAAAGGAUUUAUAAAUAACAGUACAUUUCCAGCAAUGGUUGUUUUCACCAUUAAUCUCAGUACUCUGGAAUCCUGUGGAAACAAUUUAGUGACAUACUGUCUUCCUUUCUCUAAUCCUUAUAACACUUAUUGUCAAAUCAGUGUUAAUGAGAAGAACAUUUUAUAUAGAAGGGUGGAUUUGAUUUUGGAAGAACUACUUCUUAAUAGACAAAUUUCACUGGAUGAACAGUCUUUCAUGGUAGUAAAAUCACCAAAGACACCUACAAUCUUCGGUAUCCCGAAUAUUCAUAAAGAUCUUAGGAACCCCCCGUUUAGGCCUAUUGUGGAUGCCAAGGCAUCCAAAACUUAUUUUAUAGCUAGGUUUAUUGACAUACAACUUAAGAAUGUCUUGGCCAAUUGUCAGUGGAUUAUUAAAGACUCUUGGGAUCUUUUAAAGGAACUUAAUAAGGAAAUAUAUAAGGACAGCCUUAUAUUUGUCACAAUAGAUGUGAAAGACUUAUUUUCUAUCAUUCCGCAUGAAACUGGUAUUGAAUGGUUUUAUUCUUAUUUAUGUCGCCACACUGGCUAUGAACACAAUCGUAUUUUGACUAUAAGAACAUUAAUGGAACUUGUCCUAGAGACUAACAUCAUUGUAUUUGAAGAGCAGCUUUUCAAACAGUGCAAUGGUGUAGCAAUGGGGGCAACCUGUGCCCCCAUUUUUGCAAACUCUGUCCUAGCUUUUUGGGAAACAGAGUUCAUUUUCCCUAGUCCAUAUGAAAAAUGCUGGAAAUUUUAUGGUCGAUAUUUGGACGACAUUUUAAUCAUAUGGGAUGAUACAAAAGACCAACUUGACAAGUCUGCUGCUGCUAUUUCAGUUAAAGACAGCAAUGGCACAUUCAUCAGCACUUUGAAUUUACUACUAUACAGUGAUUCAACAUACUCCCACCAUCUGACGGUCCCUAGUGCAGGAUUACCAUUAAAAACAAAGGUAUAUGCUGCUGUAAGAGCAACCAACCUUGAUGGAAGAUGGAAUGUAUUGAUGGAUUAUUGUUACACAACUCCUUCGGGUAAUCCUAAUGAUGAACUUAGAUAUGAUCUGUUUCUUAGCUGUGACAAAGAUCCACAGACUACCAUCAUUGAAAAUGGAAGAAGCCAGAUGGGGAAGUUUUCAUUUGAAGUAUUUCGAUUUGUCAAGCACAAGAAUCAGAAGAUGUCAACAGUCUUUUUACACUGUGUUACAAAGCUGUGCAGGGCAGAAGAUUGUACAUCACUUACUCCAAACUGCUACUACAGGAGAAGAAGGCGGAGAGAUAUAAUAACAACAGCAGCAACCGUUCAAGGUAUUUCUGGAAAUGCGGUUUUAACAGCUGGGCCCAUUAUCACUAGAAGUGAAGAGACUCCCACCAACAACUCUCAGCUUGCACGACCAACUGAUAAAAGCUUCCAGAUGAACACCAUUACAAGUGCACUGAUUGCUGGAAUUACUAUUCUUGGAAUUAUGAGCUUGUGUUUCUUUAUCUUCUCCCUCACCCUUCUAAAUAAAAAACAACAAUGUCGUCCCGUAUUAACAGGCACUAAGAACCUUACUUUCAACUAGAAGAAGAACCUGCAGUAUUGCUGCAAAAUGUACAUCACAUUUUGCAGUGUUUAAAAUAACCUUGUCAAUGUUUUAAGUAAGAGGAGUUCUGGGUUACAAAAGUAAUUAUUCAGAUACUAACUUGAACUUACUCUUGGGUUAUGUUUUCU